UCUGGGCCUCUGUAACUCCCAGCAGCGCGUUAUAAACAUCAGCAUGUCAUGGAGCAGUGGAUCCCGAGUGAGAUUGCUCAACAUCCCGACUGGUCGCUGCUUCUGCUUCCAGUCAUAUGAUAGAGAAGGGGGGACACAUGACACUAUGUCUCACGCUUGGCUUUAGGGCUGAAUUACACGGGAGCUUUUGUUGAUGUCAUUGGGAGAUCCCAUUCUACAAGUGGGAGCUACGCUCACAUACGAUACUCUGCGCUUUGCCGAUACUCCAGACUUUCCUGAAACAGCGGAGCCAGUUUGGGUGCUGGGGAGGAAGUACAGUGCAUUGACAGAGAAAGAGCAGCUCCUGAAUGACAUCACAUCCAGGCUCUGGUUCACCUACAGAAGAAACUUUCAAGCAAUAGGGGGCACAGGGCCAACGUCUGACACGGGCUGGGGCUGUAUGCUGCGCUGUGGCCAGAUGAUCUUUGCUCAAGCUUUGAUCUGCAGACAUGUAGGAAGAGACUGGAGAUGGGACAAACAGAAACCUAAAGGAGAAUAUCUAAACAUCCUCACAGCUUUUCUGGACAAAAAAGAUAGUUAUUAUUCCAUCCACCAAAUUGCACAAAUGGGAGUUGGAGAAGGCAAAUACAUUGGCCAGUGGUAUGGUCCAAACACAGUGGCACAAGUCCUGAGGAAACUUGCGGUCUUUGACCAGUGGAGCUCUAUUGCUGUUCAUAUAGCUAUGGAUAACACAGUUGUGGUGGAUGAGAUACGUAGAUUAUGCAGGGCGGGAAGUGGUGAGAGCUCUGAUGCUGGGGCCCUUAGUAAUGGCUAUACAGGGGACUCUGACCCCAGCUGUGCCCUAUGGAAGCCUCUUGUGCUGCUCAUACCUCUUCGGCUGGGACUAAGUGAGAUCAAUGAAGCCUACAUUGAAACACUAAAGCACUGCUUUAUGGUACCUCAAUCCCUGGGGGUUAUUGGUGGCCGACCCAACAGUGCUCAUUACUUCAUAGGAUAUGUAGGGGAUGAGCUGAUCUACCUGGACCCUCACACUACACAGCUGUCAGUAGAACCCAGUGACUGCAGUUUUAUAGAAGAUGAGAGUUUCCACUGUCAGCACCCUCCAUGUCGAAUGCAUGUGUCAGAGAUUGACCCUUCUAUUGCUGUGGGCUUUUUCUGUAGCUCUCAAGAAGACUUUGAGGAUUGGUGCCAACACAUCAAAAAGCUGUCUCUUUCUGGAGGAGCCUUGCCCAUGUUUGAAGUGGUAGAUCAGUUACCUUUACAUUUAUCCAAUCCAGAUGUCCUGAACCUCACACCAGAUUCAUCAGAUGCAGAUAGACUUGACAGGUUCUUUGAUUCUGAAGAUGAAGAAUUUGAAAUUCUAUCACUAUGAGAAGUCUGAACAAAAACAAAAUUACCGAAGGAUUAAGAACAUGCAUUAUUUUCCACAGCAAUUCAAUAGGAGAGCAGGCACCACUAUGGACUAAAGACUGUUGGAUACUUACACAGUUCCCUGCUCCUUGAGUUUUCCAGUUAUAGAUACUUCUGCUGCAUUGGAAAAAUGCUACCUAUGAUUUUGGUGUGGCCCCAACUAUAUCUCCUCGAUCUAAGUGGGACAUCAGAUAACUUCAUGCUUUUGUUCUGUUACAUUCCAUAAAUAGGAAAGCACCACUGCUUACAUCAAGAAUUAGUGACAAGGACAGGAAAAAGACAUCGGGGAUCAGUGCUAGGAUAAGGAAGGAGAAUCAGGGAAAAUGGAUACAUUCUUUUUGAUGUGUAAAAGUGUGUGCACUAUAAUGCAUGUAUUUUGCAGGACUUUUAGAUGGCAUUGCACAAAUGAUAUAAGGGGGACCCAGGAGGGCCUCUCUAUUGGUGAUAGUAGGUGCGGGAAGCUCCUGUGACAUCAGUGGGUAGUUACUAUAAAGACAUAUUUUAAAGAUGGGCCAACAAGGUGUGGUGUUAAUCUGGUGUCCCCGAUGACCAUGCUGGAGGUGUGCAAUUAUGUUAGCAGGCUGGUAUUGUACACAUUGUUUACAAAUGCUUUCACAUUUUUUUUUUUAAAGUGCAAGUCCCCCAAAUACAUUAAAGACCGUAUGCCUUUGUUUUCUGUUUCCUCUAUUGCAAGAGGCACUAAAUUAAGCCAAAUGAAGUAUAUUUUCAGAUAAACAUGAAACCCGUUCAGCAACACAAUGCUGUGAUUUUAUUUACGAAUGACUUUAUCUCUGUACUAUCUCAGUAAAAGCAAGUCAUCAAGUA